AUGAGCCGCAAGUCAAAAGUGAAGUCUGAGGGUGUGAGGAGCUGCCUGAUGAGCGCACAGGAGAACGAGAGGCUGGAGGAGCUGCUGGGAAGGAGGUGUGCUUCCAUAGCGACCGCAGUGGCGCAGCUCUUCAUGGCGCUGCCGCACAGCCCCACGGCCUGGAGCCUGCAGCACAGCGGAGCGCUCUGCUUCGUCAAAGACAACCCCCAGCGCUCAUACUUCAUCCGUAUGUUCGACAUGAAGAUGGGGAAAAUGGUUUGGGAGCAGGAACUCUACGACCAGAUCGAGUACUCAUCACCUCAGUCUUUCUUUCAUACGUUUGCUGCAGACGACUGUCAGGUUGGUUUAAAUUUUGCAGAUCAACAGGAAGCAGAGGCUUUUCAAAACGCUGUCACAGAUAAAAUUAACCAGAGAAACAACAGACAAGAUAAGAAACAGCGCCCUCCUCAGUCCAGUGCAGACAGGACUCUUCCUCCUGUGCCAAAUGACAAAGGGCUCCACAUGACCACAGUGGACAUCCAGAACCCAGACAUCCAGUCGUCUCGCUACCGUUCCAUCUCGUCCCCCAUCUCGUCCCUGUCCAAGGGCAAGAGGGACAAAAAGAGCAAAAAGAAAGGACCAAAGCUGUCCAAGGCAGACAUCGGCGCUCCAAGUGGAUUCAAGCACGUGAGUCACGUGGGCUGGGACCCAAACAACCUGGACCCAGACCUGGUGAAGCUGCUGUCCCAGGCCGGGAUCCAGGAGGCUGACAUGAAAGACGAGCACACGUCUCAGCUCAUCUAUGACGUCAUCGAGCAGUCGGGUGGACUGGAGGCCGUCAAGAGAGAGAUCAACAAAGGUAGUGGCCCUCCGCCUCCUCCCACCGGCCGACAGGGACCCCUCCCCCCCAUCCCUCCCUCAGGUGCGCCGGCUCCGCCCCCUUCUCGCGGCCGCUCUGGACCCCUGCCGCUGCUCCCUGGACAGUCCAGAGGCAGCGUGUCCCCUCUGCCGCCUACUCCCCAUCACAGCCGCGGCCCUGUACCUCCUCCUCCACAGCCGCACCACCCCCCAGCCCGUGCCGCUGUCCCCCGUCCUCCCCCUCCCUCCAGUAGACUGCAAAGUCCCCCUCCACCUCCUCCUCCCUCUAGCAGUCGCCCUCUCGGGGUUCCCUCUGUCCCCCACACAGCUGCCGGACCUCCUCCUCCUCCUCCGCCUCCUCCUCCGCCUCCCAUGUUGCCCUGUUCCCUGGAUGGACCGCCUCCUCCGCCCCUGCCCUGUGGAGGUGCCCCUAAACCGGCCCAUACCUCCUCCUGCAGCGGGGACAGCAGAGGAGCGCUGUUGGACCAGAUCAGAGGCGGGAAGAAGCUCAGAAAUGUGACAGAUAUAGACCAAGCUCCGCCCACGCCGCCUGAGUCAGGGGAGGGCAUCGUGGGGGCUCUGAUGAUGGCCAUGCAGAAGAGGAGCAAAGUCAUCCACUCUUCAGAUGAAAGUGAAGAUAUUGCAGACGAAGAUGACGAUGAUGACGAAUGGGACGAGUGA